ACUUUCUGGCCUUCCCUCUUGUCCCGAAUCGGAGAGCUCACUUUUCCCGGCUUUGGAUCCCCCGGUUUGCUAGUCCCGGGAUGAAUGGGAGCAGCGAUUUUCUCACUGUGCUAUGGAGAUGUCAAGGAAUCAAAAAUGCAAAUAACACCGGAAACUCCAGGAAGGAUUCCCGUUUUAAAUCCUUUUGAAAGUCCUGGUGAUUAUUGUAAUCUCCAUGAACAAACUCUCUCCAGUCCAUCAGUUUUUAAAUCAACGAAAUUACCAACUCCAGGGGAAUUUAGAUGGUCUAUUGAUCAACUAGCUGUAAUAAAUCCUGUAGAAAUAGACCCCGAAGACAUUCAUCGUCAAGCUUUAUACUUAAGUCGUUCUCGAAUAGAUAAAGAUGUGGAAGACAAAAGACAAAAAGCCAUUGAAGAGUUUUUCACUAAGGAUGUCAUUGUACCCUCUCCUUGGACUGAUCAUGAUGGGAAACAGAUUCCAGAGUAUCAUUCCGGUAAAUGUAUUAACAUAAAUAAUGAAUCUCCAGUUGGAAGAAAGCUUACUAUUAAUUCUGAGAAAAGUAAUGCUGCUUGUCAGACGUUAUUGUCUCUUCCUGUGGAUUUUAAUUUAGAAAAUAUACUUGGUGACUAUUUUAGAGCGGAUGAAUUCACAGAUCAAUCUCCUGGAAACCUCAGUUCUUCGUCCCUCAGGAGAAAGCUAUUUCUAGAUGGCAAUGGAAGUAUUUCAGACUCUUUACCUCCUGCAUCUCCCACAAGUCCUCAUGCUGGUGCUCAAACAUCACUUGAAGUUUUUUAUUCAAUAGAUUUAUCUCCUGUACAGUGCAAGAGCCCUGUGCAGACACCAAGUUCGGGGCAGUUUUCUUCUAGCCCUAUUCAUGGUAGUGCGAAAAAGUACAGUUUGGGAAGUAUUACCAAUCCUUCACCUAUUCCAUCACCCACUUUCUCACCAGUCACAUUUAAAAUAGGAAUGACACCACUCUCAGAACAAAGGAAGUUUACUCUGCACUCUCCUGAUGGAACCCAUUCUAAUGGAAUUACUAAUCCAUGUAUCAGAAGUCCUUACAUAGAUGGCUGCUCGCCAAUUAAAAAUUGGUCUCCAAUGAGACUUGAGAUGUGUCGAGGUGGUGCUCAGUAUAGGACCUCACUGAUUCGAAUACCUUUUACUCUCGAGACUCAUAGUGAAGAUGAAGAAGAUAAAGCAACCAUUCAUUCCACCGAUGCCUCAUCACCAGCCCUGGGCCCUGCUGGGGUACACCUGCAUCAGCUGCAUGGUGACGCUUCUCCGCACAAUGCACAUUUGGUGGUGACUGCCAUGUCUAUUACAGAGAAUCAAUCCAGUGCUUCCGAGAAAGAAUUUAUACUGCUCCCAGAUGUUGAAAGUGAGAAGGAGAAUAAUACUGUGGAUAUGGGUGACCUGAUAGAGACAGCUGAUGAAAACACUUGGAUUAAGGAGCCAGUUGACAAUGGUAGUUUACCUCUGACUGAUUCCGUGAGUGGGAUUGCCUUCAGUAUUGAAAAUUCUCAUAUGUGCAUGUCACCUCUUGCAGAAAGCAGUGUCAUUCCUUGUGAAAAUAGCAACAUCCAGAUGGAUAGUGGCUAUAAUACACAGAAUUGUGGGAGUAACGUUAUGGAUAUGGUUGGAGCAGAAAGUUACUGUAAGGAAAAUGAUGUACAAGCCUUGGAAGUCGAGAAUAAAUCUCAAGUUUUUAAUACAAAGCAAGAUCACACAACACAAAGGUUUUGGAUGAAAACAGCAAAUCUUCCUUAGCACAGCAGUCCAUAGAAUACCUCUUUCAGAACCAAAGACUAUUGGAGUCGUCUAGUACUACAGUUUUGCAACAAAGACUGUAAGGCACAUAGAGCCUAAAAUGUUUGGCCCUUUAUCGAAAGUCUUGCUGACUUCUGAGGUGCAUUACGCCAUGACCUGGACCCAAGAUGACUCAAGCUUAGUUUCCUUCAACUGACAGUUUUGCCUCAGUAUAUGGAUGUUUCAUACAGGUAAAGUAAACAUUCAACAACAAAGUGUCUAAAUGGUUGCAUACAUUGUAAUUAUCCCCACCUGGUAUACCUGUUCAUGUAUUUGCCAGUCUUGUUUCACACUGUGCCUCAAGCUACUUUGAAGGAAGAGGUCAUUUACUUGACUGGUGAUGUGCAUGGUAUAAUGUGGAUACUUUAGAAAUAAAAGUAAAGGGGCCUCCCCUGGUGGCGCAGUGGUUGAGCGCUGGGCAGCGAAGCUCCCGCAUUCUCUGCAGCGCCGGUAUGAUCCCCGGCCGCUGGCGAGGGUCCCACAUGGUACUACAGACCUCUCCUGCUGCCUGCUGCUCCCCUCAGCAGUGUAUUUCGUCAGUCUGCCUGUUCUGUUCCUCGCUCUGGCUCUGGUGAAUUCUCUCACCCUCCCGCGUUUCUGACUGUACCCAGUGCUUGUAUAAAUAAAUA